CUACGCUCGAGUAUGUUGGUUCACACGCGCGAUUUGAACCGCUCGACUUCGGACUUUGUUUACCAAGAGUUUAGUUGGUAGUCGAGAGAAAGGUGAAAAAUGGGAAAGAAAAAAGAGAACGAAGCAAGUGAAUCCUCAAGUAGUCCUCAUAAAAAGCACAAGAAACAUAAGCAUAAGAAGCACAAGAAGAAGCGGAGUCAUCAUCCAAGUGAAGAUGAGGGCGCUGUGAUUAUGCCUUCAGAGCCAAGCAUCGGGGAGUCUGGAAAACCCCAGCUGAAACUUAAAAUCAAAUUGGGAGGAUAUACAAUUCACACUAAAGAAGUCUCUCGGUCUUCAAUUCUUGAUGCUCACUUACUUGAUGAUCACUUGGACCAGCAUUCUGAAAUUGCUGGAAGCAGUCACCAUCACCAUAAAGUGAAGACAAAGGAUAGAGAGGAGGAAGCUUGGUUAAAUGCACUUGAAAAGGGGGAGUUAGAUGACAUUGGGGAAUUGAAAAAGAUGAGGGACCCUGCAAACUUAACUGCCAGACAGAGAGCUAUGUUGCACGGAUUGAGUGCUGAAGAGGAACAAAAACUACUGCAGUUACCCACUGGCCAAAAACCUGCAGAAAUAACAGAAGAAAUGCUUGAAAAGAGAGCAGAAAGAGCAUUAAAGAGGCGCCAACAGGCAAAAAAGAAAUCUGAGGAAAAUAAAAAACUCACCCUUGAACGACUUUUGAGGAAACAAGAAAUAAAAUCAAAACUUGAAAAGGCGAAGCAUAAAAAGAAAGGAAAUAUUCCAUUUGUGCGGUAUAUCAAUAGUUUGAAGGGAGUUAGUCUCAACUACCCUGAAGGCUUAGCGUUUCCCUUAGCACAAAAACCUUCCAAGCCAGUCCCAUCAUUGAAAACAUGUGGAGUAGAAGGCUGCCUUAACAUGAAGCGGUAUACCUGCUCUAAGACUUCUGUACCACUCUGCAGUUUGCAAUGCUAUCAAAAGAACUUGCUUGUCAUGAACAGAUCAUGAUAUCAAGAUUUCUAGAAAUGCAAUUCACUUUAAUUUAUUUAUGAGCCAAGGAUUGUCAGUAGCGAAUAUUUGUGAUUGUCUUAUAGGUACUGUAUAAUUGACAAUCACUUUCAUGACACAUACUCUACAUAUACACGUGCUACAAGUGUUUGGAACUUCUGGCUCGCCGAGUCAUAAAGCAUUGGCUUCUUUAGAAGUCCCAGGACCUUGUUUGAGGUGUUAUAAAUAUAUUAAAUGAAAAAUAAUCUGUCUCUGUAUGAAGCUUAAAAAUUAGAGUUGAUUUUGGUUGCGAAUUCCUAUUAUUUACAGGAUUUGAAUCCAUACCACUGGACCAUGGUAUUGGAAGGCAAACAUCUGAACCACCAAGCUACAAAUCCCAAGUUUAUAUCAUAAUAGCAAAUUCAGAGGGGAGCAUCGGUGGCAAAUGUAAGGUUUUUUUUUUGCUGGGAUAGUAGGACCUAUGGUCAGACAGGGAAAGUGUUCCCUUUCCUAUUGUAGGAGCGGUUUGGUGUUGCGGUUCACAACCCAGAAGUUGUAGCUUCAAUCGCUCGCUGUGUAUUCCGCUUGUGCCCUUAUAGGCAAGGCACUUUACCUACAAUUGUCUGUCCACCCAGGAGGACAUGUAGAAGGUUCAAACACUAAAUGAGGUUUUGCACAUGAACGAAUACGUGCCCAUUUUCUUCUCUCAUUAUGCUUCUCAAAAUCAGAUUUUGGCGUGUCCUAAAGUUUUGGUAUGUAAGGUUUUGGAAGUGGUAGCGGAAUAAUACUCCUUCGCUUGUUGCCCAGAAGAGUUGGUUAUUUCGUGACCCAAAAAUGCCUGGCUACUAUACUAUAAGCUAUUCCUAGGUUGGCCCCCUACCCUAGCUAGGCCCGAGGCCUACAGGAAAACCCUGACACCACCAUGCACCAGUGUUUUUCAAUACCCCAAAAUGAGAUGCAUCCUAUUGUAACUUGCUGUAUUCAAAAGUCCACAAAAAUGGCACACAUGUAUUAAAGAUACUUUUUCAUGUACGUGUAGUGAGCGAGAUUUGCGUGUCGUCCACACGGUUAGUGGAUAGCUAUCGGCGUAAUACGUCACACUAACCUCCCUAUUAUGCAAUUCUCCCCAAUGGCCAGGGGUAAUAAUGAUUUCACACUUUUUACACUUACACUUUUUUGGCUGCUGUUAUAGGAAAGCUCCCCUUUUUAUACCCCCUGGAUCCAGAACUUGGAAUGGCAAAUAUGUGUCCCUUUCCAAGUUGUCAAAAUUUAGAAUUCUUUAAAUAAAAUGCAUUCUUUAAAGCAGAGUGUUCACAUCCAUUUCUUCAUACUGUUAUUAAAAUCCACUUAUUGACUACAUAUUUCACCUUGUGUUGGCACAGUGGGUUAACAUUAAAACACAGAGAUGGCAGUUCAAAUCCCAUUCUGUUAAUUUUCUUGGUUAAAUGUUGUCUGUAGUCGCCACCUGAGAUCAUAAUUGGCUUGUCGUACCGAUGUAAUGUAUUGCUCUGGACAGUUCAAAUGCCUAAUAUAUCUACAGAACAGUGGCAGUUCCAGAAACUUUCUGCUUGGGGUUGGAUAGUGAUGGGGUGAGCAGGAGUCUUGUAGUCAGCUGAAAUAUCAAUAAUUGAUAUGAUUUUUUACAAAUACUAAUUUUGUUAUUAAAAUUGUUUAUAAACAUGUGAA